CGCCACACCGGCUCCGACCGCGCCGGACCGUCGACGCCGACGCUGCGACCUCGACGUUUGGAUCGAGCUGAGGCCUUCGCGUGAUAUCUGACCUGACCGCCGCCGUUCUGCGGCGACCUGGCACGGUAUGGUGGCGACAUCUGCGAGCGAUGCGGGCAACCACGAUGAGCUGAAGGGUGGGCGGCUGCUGCGCCAGGUCUUGAUCGGGGUCACAGUGGCUUCGUUCAGCGGGUGCCAGGGAGCACACACGACCGUGCCGGCCGUCCUGCUGCCGCAGCUGAUGACGAACGGGUCGGACAUACCUCUCACAAUGCAGCAAGGAACCUGGUUUGCCAGCAUGCACUCCUUGUCGGCGCUGGCCGGCUCCGCGCUGGCCGGUGUUCUGGUCCACCACCUCGGUCCGCGGCGGGUGCUGCAGCUGCAGGCGCUACCCUGCAUCGCCGGCUGGCUGCUCAUGGCACUAGCCUACAACUUCCCCAUGCUGAUGGUGGCCCGGUGCUUGAUAGGCUCGUCUUGUGGUGUAGCCAUGAGCGCCGUACAGGUGUAUCUCGGAGAGUCCUCUUCACCCCACAUCCGUGGUCGGAUGGUCUGCAUCAGCGGGCUGAUGAUCUCACUGGGCUUGCUAGUCAGCUAUGUGAGCGGCUUCCUGCUGCCAUGGCGCUGGGUACCCGUCGCGCCGGUCAUCGUAUUCAUCAUGCCCAACGCCAUCGGCUUGUUCUUCGUGCCCGAGUCGCCGUACUGGCUGCUGGGGCGGAAUCGGCGCGAGCAUGCGCGACAAAGCCUGCGCGUGCUGCGCGGAGACGAUGACGUGGCGGAGCGGGAGUUGCAGUUGAUUACUGCGGCGAGCAAGGCCCGCCAGAAGCCGCUCACCAUGCGGGAGCUGGGGCGAGAGAUGCGCAAGCUGUCCGUCCUGGCGCCGUUCCUCACCAUCACCGCGCUCUUCGUUCUGCGGAUUAUGACCGGCGUGGCCACUGUGAUGACAUACGCGGUGGUCAUCUUCCAGGGGACGGGCUCGGCUCUGGGCAGCUACGAGUCGGCCAUCUUGAUCGGAUGCGUGCGCGCGUUUGAUUCCGUCUGCUGCGUGUUGUACGUCAGCGACAGGUUUGGUCGGCGCCCUCUCCUCAUGUUCUCCGGCAUUGGCUGCUCGCUUGCAGCACUUGGGAUGGCCGCAUUUAUCUUCGCUCGUGACCAGGCGCCACUUUGGCCCGGUUGGCAGCGCAUCUCAUGGCUCCCACUCCCCCUCAUCCUGAUGUUUACAGUUGCUUUCGACUACGGCUUUGCGCGCACUGGCUGGGUAGUGCACUCGGAAAUUCUUCCCAACCGGAUACGCUCGGCGCUCUCCGGCGUUACCCUCCUCAUCCACAACCUCUCCACGUUCGUGUCCGUGUUUUCGUUCCCUUACAUCCGAGAAACGCUCACACUGGCCGGCUCGUUUUGCAUCUUUGCUUUCUUCAGCUUGCUCGGUCUCCUGCUAACCAUCUUCUUCAUUCCUGAAACAAAAAACAAACGACUGGAGGCGAUCGAAGCCUUCUACGUUAAGCGUUUCGGCGGCCACCAGGCGGAGUCUUCUGAUGUAACCGAGUUUGAAGUAGUUCAACGUCAGAGCGAAUGACGUCUUUCAUCGAUCGUGCAAUGUGGAAGCUGAUUUACUUAGCAGACGUUAGGUCAUUGCAAGUUUUCGGCGCGUUGUGCCGUUUAAGACGACACAUGCGGCCCGCGUAAUCACCGAUCAGUCAGGGGAGACACAGCUCGAACUUUGCUCCUUUCCAGCUUAUCAGCAAACGGCCGCUCAGGUUGCCACAGAAACGGCUGCCUGUGAUAAUUUCUGGGUUCAGUAGGCCAAGAUAAACGUAAAACGGAAUGAUAUUUUGUUGUGACAUGUACUGUACACCUUAGAAAUAUCAGGAAGUUUUCGAUUUCACUAUUUAAUGGAAAUAAACCUAAGGUAAGCAAGAAAUGCAGCCAGUCCUUGAUCUUCUAGUUUUCAACGAAAUUAGUUCAGAUUUAUAAUGCUGGCAUUUAGAUAUCUUCGAUUACCAGAAGGUACUGGUUAAAUGACGUCAUCAAACAAACAUUGGUUACAUUGUCAAUACCCAAUGUUUUGCAGCUAUGCUUAUAAUCACGAGUAAAAUGGCAUAUAUAUAUAUAAGGUGAAAUGGUUUAUAAAAACGUCAACUACUAUCCACAGCAAGUGGCUGAGGCAACGGUUGUCAAGGCGUUUCUUACGCACCCUGUUAGGCAGUGAUCUUUAGGGGCUCUGGGCACGCACACUCCGAACAAGUUAGCGGAGGAUGACCUCACGGAAGGCGUUCGCUGCUGGGUUGACGCGCGACCAACUCCGAAAGGGGGAACAUAUGUGAAUGCGCGUUGUGUGUAGCAUGAAUAUGAUAGACGCGAGUGUGAUUUCGAAUGUGAAUGUGUAUGAAGUGUUCAAAGCUCAUCGUGUGGAGAGGAGGGCACUGUUCCCAGUGAUAUCCAUGACACCUCUGGGGAUUGGUCAGCACUUCUGGGGAUGACGACUUGAAUGCGUUGUACUAGCAGGAGCAACGGCUUUGUCCAGAUUCUACGGCGCACUGAAGAACGAAACCUGUGUUUAAUAGACAUCUUUGA